ACAACCAAAAAAACUAUAAAAUAUGAGGCCUGAAAUUGUUAGCCUCACACUCUGUGUGUGCUUGUGUAGUAGUGUAUAGCCUUAAACCUUCUCUUCUCUUCUCUCCUUGCUUCUUACCUUACCUUACCUUAUCCUAUCCACAAUUCUCACACACACUCUUUUUGUUUUUCCUGCUUUUCAUUUCAUAUCUCUCACAAUAUCUUCAUUAUUCUCUCCCCCACACAACACACUCAGCUCCCUUUUUUCUUUGUGUCCCCUGCUCAGCUACUCUCUCAUAAUUCCUCAUCACCCAAUUUCUAAUUCAAUUCCCCUAGCUUCCUUUUUCCACCACCAUCUUCACUCCAACCUCUAAAGUUGACACUCACUCACACUCACACAAGAGAAAAAGAAAACAAAAAAAACAGUACAUGUGUUUUUUGCUUUCAAGUUUGGCUAGCUUAUAGGACGGAGAUUCUUCCAAGCUUGCAUGCAGAGGAAUUAGUUUAUUCGAUGAAUUCAACUAUGGUUUCUUAGUUAUUUCCGUCAUAGAAGAAGCUAUAAAUUCCUCAAAGCUUAACCAAUUCAACGAUGGCUCCCAAAGCAGGGAAAACCAAACCUCACAAAGCCAAGGGAGAAAAGAAGAAGAAAGAAGAGAAAGUUUUGCCGACCGUUAUUGAAAUUACAGUGGAAACACCAGAUGAUUCCCAAGUUACCCUCAAGGGCAUCUCUACAGACAGGAUUCUAGAUGUUAGAAAGCUGUUAGCAGUACAUGUGGAGACUUGUCACUUGACUAACUUUUCCUUGUCUCAUGAGGUGCGAGGCGCUAAGCUGAAAGACACGGUGGAAAUCGCGUCCCUGAAACCCUGCCACCUCAGCAUCGUCCAAGACGACUACACGGAGGACCUCGCCGUCGCGCACAUUCGCCGCCUCCUCGACAUCGCCGCCUGCACCACCUUCUUCGGAAAACCCGCCGGAAGAUCCACCGCCAAAGAUCCCGCCGCCUCAGCAGAAACCGAACCGUCUCCUCGCUCAGAAAAUGGAUCGGAAACUAGCCCCAAACUCAAACCCGCUGAUCCGAACUCGGACUCCGGCAACGGUGAGAUCUCCAUGUAUCCACCACCGCGACUUGGACAGUUCUAUGACUUCUUCUCGUUUUCCAACCUUACGCCGCCGUUUCAAUAUAUACGGAGAUCGAACCGUCCCUUCCUUGAAGAUAAGACAGAGGAUGAUUUCUUUCAAAUUGAUGUUAGGGUAUGCAGUGGAAAGCCGACGACGAUUGUUGCUUCAAGAGCCGGAUUCUAUCCUGCUGGAAAACGUCUUCUCGUGAGCCAUACAUUGGGGGGUCUCCUUCAGCAGAUAAGCAGGGUGUUUGAUGCUGCCUACAAAGCUCUUAUGAAAGCGUUCACAGAGCACAAUAAGUUUGGCAAUCUUCCUUAUGGUUUUCGUGCAAACACGUGGGUUGUCCCUCCAGUUGUUUCUGACAAUCCAUCAGUAUUUCCCCCAUUACCCAUGGAAGAUGAAAUUUGGGGAGGAAAUGGGGGUGGGCAAGGCAGAGAUGGUAAGCACGAAAAGAGACAGUGGGGCAGAGAUUUCGCAAUCCUGGCUGCGAUGCCUUGUCAAACUGCAGAAGAGAGGCAAAUCCGAGAUAGGAAAGCGUUUCUGCUUCACAGUUUAUUUGUCGACGUAUCAGUCUCCAAAGCAGUUUCUGCGAUAAAGCAUUUUAUAGAUAAUACGCAAAGAUCUUUCAGUAGUACAGCUACUCCAACUUCCUAUGAAGAAAUAGCCGGAGAUUUAACUAUUAAGGUGACUAGAGAUGUAUCUGACGCAAGUAUUAAGUUGGACUGCAAAAAUGAUGGUAAUCUGGUUCUUGAAUUGUCAGAGAAAGAACUUGCUCAGAGAAACUUGCUUAAAGGCAUAACAGCUGAUGAGAGUGCAACUGUUCAUGAUACUCCUACUUUAGGGGCAGUAAUUAUAAGACAUUGUGGCUACACAGCUUUGGUAAAGGUUUCCGCUAAGACAGAUUGGGAGGGGAGUCCUAAUUCCUUGGAAAUUGAUAUUGAGGACCAGCCUGAAGGAGGUGCAAACGCAUUAAAUGUUAACAGUUUGAGGAUGCUGUUGCAUAAGUCAUCUACACCCCAAUCAUCUAACAUCAUUCAACGAAACCAGAGCACAGAUAUCGAAAAUUCAAGUUCUUCUUUGGUUAAGAAAGUUCUUGAGGAAAGUUUACUAAAAUUGAAGGAAGAGACCACUACACAUAGUAAGUCUAUCAGAUGGGAGCUUGGGGCAUGUUGGGUACAGCAUUUGCAAAAUCAAGCUACAGGGAAAAGUGAGCCAAAGAAGGCAGAGGAAGCUAAACUUGAACCAUCUGUAAAAGGCCUUGGAAAGCAAGGUGGAUUACUUAAGGAAUUGAAGAAAAAGAUUGAUAGCAGGAACUCCAAAGUUGAACAAGGGAAGGAUAUUUCAACAUGUAAUGGUAUUGACAUAAACAAGCCAGAUGCCACCCAGCAGGAAUUAGAGAGACAAGGUGAAGAAAAGGAAACUUUGUGGAAAACACUGCUUCCUGAUGCUGCGUAUACACGGCUUAAAGAAUCUAAAACCGAUCUUCAUCUGAAGUCACCUGAUGAAUUGAUGGAAAUGGCACAUAAAUAUUAUAUCGACACGGCACUUCCAAAGCUGGUGGCAGAUUUUGGGUCUCUUGAACUCUCACCUGUCGAUGGAAGAACACUGACUGAUUUCAUGCACACUAGGGGCUUGCAAAUGUCUUCCUUAGGACGUGUGGUUGAGCUUGCAGAUAAGCUUCCACAUGUGCAAUCACUAUGUAUACAUGAGAUGGUUGUACGAGCCUACAAGCACAUCUUGCAAGCUGUUGUUGCCGCAGUUGAUAAUGUUUCUGACAUGGCUUCAUCGAUUGCAUCAUGCUUAAAUAUAUUGUUGGGAACACCAUCACCUGAAAUUAACGAUGCAGAUAUUACUAGCUGCUAUGAACUGAAAUGGAAAUGGGUAGAAAUGUUCCUUUUGAAGAGGUUUGGAUGGCAAUGGAAGCAUGAAAGUGGUCAAGAUCUAAGAAAGUUCGCCAUUCUUCGUGGACUGUGCCAUAAAGUUGGGCUUGAGCUGGUUCCAAGGGACUAUGAUAUGGAUACAGCAUCUCCUUUCAGAAAGUCAAAUAUUGUGAGCAUGGUCCCUAUAUAUAAGCAUGUGGCUUGCUCAUCUGCUGAUGGCCGUACGCUGUUGGAAUCAUCAAAGACUUCCUUGGAUAAAGGCAAAUUGGAGGAUGCUGUCAACUAUGGCACAAAGGCACUUUCAAAGUUAGUGUCGGUUUGUGGGCCUUAUCAUAGAAUGACAGCAGGAGCUUAUAGUCUGUUGGCUGUUGUGCUGUACCAUACUGGUGAUUUCAAUCAGGCAACUAUCUAUCAGCAAAAAGCACUAGAUAUCAACGAAAGAGAGCUUGGACUUGAUCAUCCUGAUACCAUGAAAAGUUAUGGGGAUCUUGCUGUUUUCUACUACCGACUCCAACAUACAGAGUUGGCUUUGAAGUAUGUCAAUCGUGCAUUGUAUCUUUUGCAUCUAACUUGUGGACCUUCACAUCCAAACACUGCUGCUACCUACAUUAAUGUAGCAAUGAUGGAAGAAGGAUUGGGGAAUGUUCAUGUUGCUCUCAGAUACCUACAUGAGGCUUUAAAAUGUAACAAAAGAUUACUUGGAGCUGAUCAUAUUCAGACGGCUGCAAGCUAUCAUGCAAUAGCCAUUGCACUAUCUUUGAUGGAAGCAUAUUCCCUAAGUGUUCAGCAUGAACAAACCACCCUCCAGAUACUUCAGGCCAAACUAGGGUCUGAAGAUCUAAGGACUCAGGAUGCAGCUGCUUGGUUAGAAUACUUCGAGUCCAAGGCUUUGGAGCAACAAGAGGCUGCUCGGAAUGGUACACCUAAGCCAGAUGCCUCAAUCUCCAGCAAAGGACAUUUAAGUGUGUCAGAUCUCUUGGAUUACAUAACACCAGAUGCUGAUCUAAAAGCAAGAGAAGCACAAAAAAAGGCCCGUGCCAAGUUAAAAGGUAAACCGGGCCUGGAAACAGCUUCAGAUGAAAAUCACAAGGAUGAAGAGAUGUCUCAAGUGUAUUCAAUUACAGAGACUACAAGUGAUAAAGAAAAUAAAUCUGAAGCUCAAUUUGAAGAGCGCAGGAUUGAUAAAGUUGAGUCCCCUAACAUAGACCAAACGAUGCUCAGUGAAAGUUAUAACCUAGCACCGGAUGACAGCUCAGAUGAAGGAUGGCAGGAGGCUGUUCCCAAAGGUCGUUCACUCACUGGGCGCAAGUCAUCUUCGUCAAGGAGACCUACUCUAGCAAAACUGAAUACAAACUUCAUUAAUGGUUCCCAGUCAUCAAGAUAUCGAGGCAAACCCACAAAUUUUUCUUCUCCAAGAACAAAUUUAAAUGAGACUAAUGCUGGGCCCUCCAUUCCUGUUCCAAAAAAGUUUGUUAAAAGUUCAAGUUUCAGUCCUAAGCUGAAUAACUCCAAUGCCCCAGCUGCUGGAGUAGAGAAGAUAGCAGACACAAAGUCAGCUCCAGCCACCCCAGCUCCAAGCGAUCAAAUUGCUAAACCAGCUCCUGCUAGUGGUGGUAGCAUCAGUGUUCAGUCAACAGGCAAACUUUUCUCUUACAAAGAAGUUGCCUUAGCCCCACCUGGUACAAUUGUCAAGGCUGUAGCGGAACAGUUGCCAAAAGGAAAUCCUAGUGUUGAACAAAAUUUGGAGGUGAGUCCCACGAUAGUUGCAACAAAGGAGACUCAUAGUAAUGUGGCAACAACAAAUGAUGUUGAAGGUAAUGUUCAGAAAUCAAUUGAUGAGAAACGGCAAGACGUGGUCCAUGAAGAACAAAAAGAAAAGGAAGCUGCAGUAGUGACAGAUAAUACAGAAAGAGCAAAAAGUAGUGAUGAUGUCAGAGAUGAGGUUGUUGAAGUUAAAGUCCUGGAAGAAAACAAUGUUGCUGUAGUAGAGAAGAAUAUUGAAGCUGGAAGCAGCACAACCACAGAGGUUGACAAAUCUGGUUGUGUAAACACUGUGAGCGAUGCUGACGCGGCGUCUAAAGGUGCAUCAGAGAUAGAAGCGCAAGAGAGUUGCCACGCAACUUCCCACGACUUGAAUCCCUCUACCACUUUAGUUGAAGGUAAAACACAGUUACUUGACAAUGAUACCUCUGUAUCAAAAGAGAAGGUUACUGAGGGAGAUGAGAAACAUGAAUUACCCAGUGGUGAUAUAGUUAGUAAGCCACUAACAGCUGAAGAAGAAAAGCAAGAAGAAAUAGAAACAGUAAAGGAGCCGACCAAGAAACUUUCUGCUGCGGCACCACCAUUUAAUCCAUCCACAGUUCCAGUUUUUGGCACCAUUCCAGCUCCAGGUUUCAAAGAACAUGGAGGAAUUUUGCCCCCACCAGUAAAUAUUUCUCCCUUGCUUCCCGUCAAUCCCCGAAGAUCUCCGCAUCAGUCAGCAACAGCUAGAGUUCCAUAUGGUCCACGAAUAUCCGGUGGCUAUAACAGAUAUGGGAACCGUGUUCCUCGAAAUAAAACAGUAUUCCUCUCAGGUGAACACUCCACUGAUGGUAACCCCAACAGCCCUCCUAGAAUAAUGAACCCACAUGCCACAGAGUUUGUACCUUGCCAACAUUGGGUUCCGAAUGGCUACUCUGUGCCUCCUAAUGGAUAUAUGGCUUCCCCAAAUGGCAUUCCAGUCUCUCCUAAUGGUUUCACCCCAGUCUCUCCCAAUGGUGCUGCAGUGUUACCCGGUGAAUGUCCUGCUUCACUAAAUGGUAUCCCAGAGAAUCAAAAUGAGGAUGCAACUUCUCCAACCAAUUCAACUGAUUCAGCACAAGUUGUGGAUGCUGAAACCAACCUUGAAAAUAAAGAUCAAGCUCUGGAUGAGGAAAAUAAAGAUGCUCUCUCAUCAGAAGUCAGUUAUGAUAAACAACAAGUUGAAGCUUUCUCAUCAGAAGUCAGUUGUGAAAAACAGCAAGUUGAGCAAAAUCCUCAAGAAGACGUAUCUGCCAGCAAGGAAGACUCUCCUAAAGUGGAAGAAAAGCCUGCAGAACUCAGCCAUCCAACUGGUUGUAGUCAAGAGGAUAAAGUAGCCAACAGUGACACGGUAGAUGCGGAAAAGCCAAGCAAGUGUUGGGGAGAUUACAGUGACAGUGAAGCUGAGAUAAUUGAGGUCACAAACUAAGGAAUAAUAAGCUUUUCUUGAUGAUGAAAAAAAAAAUAUUGCAAGGGCUGUGCCUAUCAAGGUAACAGAAUGCGAUACUCGGGAUUUGACUGGACUGAGUUUUUUUACCUGAAUUUUCAUGUUAGAACUGAUUACUGAUGAGGUAAUGUGGAAGUCUCAUACGUCUUGGUACAUGCUAUAGUAUGGCCUGUUUCGGGAAGAAAGUCACCAAAACCAUGGAAGACUUUGUGAGCAGCUACUUAGCAAUGUGUAUUGUUUUAAUCUCCUUCAGCUACAUUUUUUUGCUUGUUAAGAAUGAAGUUGUAGUGUUGAGGUCAUAGUACUCUGACGGCUGAAGGCUAGGUUGCAUGACAAUAAGGUCUCAUUUUCCAGGCCUUUGUUUGGUUUUUCAAGUUGUAGAACCAGCUUUUACCAUUGUCUUUACGAAUUUGUUCACAUUUAUAUUUUUAAA